AUGGACGGGCCGGACGAGGGUGUUCUGGAUGUGGAAUUAUUAGGUGACGAUGGUUCUGAGGAAGAAGGUGAAGUGCCGCCGUCUUCAGAUUUCUAUACAGGGCCAGGCUCAACACCAACAUCAUGUGCAUCAUCACCCCGUGGCGAAGAGCCUGCUUCUCCAUUGGCUGUGGUCUCCCAGCCUUCAUUUUUCCAUCACCAACCUUAUGCACGACCUUUCUUUACGUCGGCCAGACGUGGCCCAGGUCGACCGCGUAAAGAAGGCCCGAAACUUGUUAAAGAAGGAAAAAUUGUGAGAAGGUAA